AUGGCGUUCAGUCUAGUCCAGUUCAUUGUCCUCGUCAACAGUCUUGUGUUUGUUGCUGGAAUCGACGUCAGAGUCUUGAGCGAUGCUGAUUUUCGGUUCGGUACAGAUGACACUAUCAGCGCAAAGGAUCUGGCAAAGCGACUUGAUGAUGACAGAGCAAUGCGUUUCAUCGGCGAUUUGACAAUUGGCGAGCGGCAGCAUUCUGAAACCGUAUUCAGCCGAACUAUUCAGGUCUCCAAUCCAACUCCGGAGGUUUAUCGAACUGCCAUCAGUGUUAGCGUCGACAAUGGGAUUAUCCACUACUUGAGUGUCAUUAACGACCCUGGGAGCUACGCGGUUGCCUGCGACGAGCCGUACAGUCUGGGUGGAUCCAGGAGCGGUUUCAAUCUGAGAGUUACACCCAGGAGUGAAAAUACCCUCACUCUCAUCAUCGCAGCACAUUAAUUAAUAAAAGUUGGGUAAUAAGGGAUCAGGGUAUUUUUAUCGAAUUAAAAAGGAGUUUGAGAUAUUUGAACAUUAUAAACUUUACACCGAACCGUCGGUCGGUGGGACCGCUGGUAAGACUUUCACAGUGUAUAACUAUUGAUAAAUGUAAGAAAAAAAUUUCAAAC